AUGAGUUGCUGCAUCUUUGGUCCAAACAGCCGAAAAAUAAGGCAAAUUGAAUGCGGGACUCCAUUUAGAGAAUCAUUUUGCGUUGUCAGCAGCUUUGCAAUUGACGUGAUUGGUUGCCUAUUCAAGUCUCCGGAGUUCAAGCCCAACGCAAUAUUGUACCGUCCGGUCACAAAAGAGCUCGAGAAUAAUUUUAUAGUUGUGGCAAGCGUAUUGUUAUUCCAGAAAUACGUGAAGGCCGAAGAAUUUUACGCAACACGUAAACUUUUGUCGUAG